UUCCAGUCAGCUGGACGUCCUGAGAAAAUCUCUGGGAUUUAGUUAGUUUCAUUCGCUCUACGUUUUCCGAUUCACGGUCCAGACAGCACGAGUUAGCCGUGCCAUAGAGCCGAACCGGGCGGCUUCGAACCGGUUCUGAACAGCAUUUGGAACUGGAGCAGACUGACUGGUUCAGAAUCCAGAACCUUCUUCCUGCUCAGAAACGCCAGCCGUUUUGGUCCCGUUUAGAUGUGCAGUUUCUCAAACUUGCUGUUCAGACAUGGCAAAGCUCCAUCACUGCUGCACGAUCCUCCUGCUCCUCUUCACUUCCGUUUCGGCUCACAGUGACUUCUUCACUUCCAUCGGUCACAUGACGGACCUUCUGUUUGUGGAGAGGGACCUGGUGUCUUCGCUGAAGGACUACAUCAGAGCAGAGGAGGACAAACUGCAGCGGAUCAAACGGUGGGCGGACAGGUUGGACGCGCUCUCGACUGCCAGUUCUCAGGAUCCCGAGGGUUUCCUGGGUCACCCGGUGAACGCCUUCAAACUGAUAAAGAGGCUCAACACGGAGUGGGCGGAGCUAGAGAGCCUGGCGCUGACUGACGUGUCGGAUGCGUUUGUCUCCAACCUCACCAUCCAGAGGCAACACUUCCCCAACGACGACGACCAGACCGGAGCGGCAAAAGCUCUGAUGAGGCUCCAGGACACCUACGAACUGGACACGGAGACCAUCUCCAGCGGACGGCUUCCUGGCUCGACUUCGCUAGCCACGGCGAGCAGCGUCAUGACCGUGGAAGACUGCUACGACCUGGGAAAGGUGGCGUAUUCCGACGCGGAUUAUUACCACACGGAGCUGUGGAUGGCCCAGGCCUUAAAGCAGCUGGAGCAGGGGGAGGAGUCCAGCGUCGUGGACGCCGUCGCCAUCCUGGACUACCUGAGCUACUCCGUCUACCAGCAGGGGGAGCUGGAGAGAGCGCUUGAGUUCACCAAGAAACUUCUAGAACUCGACCCGUCACACCAGCGGGCCAACGGGAACCUGAAGUACUUUGAGUACCAGCUGUCCAAACAGAAGAAGCUGGAGGUCGGCGAAAACGACAAGGAGGAGCAGAGGAUGCAGAAGGAGAACCGAGGUCGCCGUGACGACUACCUGCCAGAGAGGAAGCAGUAUGAGAAGCUGUGUCGGGGCGAAGGCAUCCGGAUGACUCCCCGCAGGCAGAGCCGCCUCUUCUGUCGCUACUAUGACAACGACCGGCACCCCAGGUUCGUAAUAGGACCGCUGAAGCAGGAAGACGAGUGGGACAGCCCUCACAUCGUCCGUUACCACGACAUCGUGUCGGACAGAGACAUGGAGAAGGUGAAGGAGCUGGCUAAACCCAGGCUCCAUCGAGCCACCAUCUCCAACCCCACCACCGGCGCCCUGGAAACGGCCCAGUACCGCAUCAGUAAGAGACGGGCCACGGUGCAUGACCCUCAGACAGGCACACUGACCACAGCUCAUUACAGAGUCUCUAAGAGCGCCUGGCUCGGAGCGUACGAGCAUCCCGUCGUGGAUAAAAUCAACCGGAAGAUCGAGGACAUCACGGGGCUGGACGUCGGCACGGCCGAGGACCUGCAGGUGGCCAACUACGGCGUAGGAGGGCAGUAUGAACCUCAUUUCGACUUCGGACGGAAAGAUGAGCCGGACGCGUUCGAGGAGUUGGGAACCGGGAACCGGAUCGCCACCUGGCUGCUCUACAUGAGCGACGUGCAGGCAGGGGGCGCCACUGUCUUCACCGACAUCGGUGCUGCCGUUCAACCGAAAAAGGGCUCGGCGGUGUUUUGGUUCAACCUGUAUCCCAGUGGCGAGGGGGACUACAGGACCCGACACGCCGCCUGCCCAGUGCUGCUGGGAAACAAGUGGGUUUCCAACAAAUGGAUGCACGAACGGGGACAGGAAUUCAGGAGGCGCUGCAACCUUCACUGGACCGACUGACGCUCAUUUAUCUCCUCCUCAUCCCAUUCUUCUGCUCCUUACUGAGAAACAGAACGCUUCUCCUCUGAUCUGAUGCUUUUCACUUUAUCCAGUGUAUGUGUGUGUGUGAAUAGAUCAGGGAGCUGCUGCCUUAUUGCAUGUUCAGGUUUUAGCUGGUCCUCAGGUGUGUCUGGAACAAAGAACGCCGAGCGCUCUCCUGUCUGUCGGGCUUAGCUGAAGGUUUGAAUUCAGCUAGAGCAUGAGAAUCGAGCCGAAACUGACGGUGUAUGUUCUAUUUGUACAGUUCUCAUUCGCAACUGAUGUCAUUUGAAGGCAUUUUUCAUAACAAUCAGAUCCAAAUUACAUGCAGAAAUAUGUCAUCAAAUAAAUCCAGUCCAACCCAAACAUGUUAAAAUUAAUUCAGUUAAUACAAAAUAAUUUUUUCACAGGAUGCUUUGUUAAAUGAACCAAGUUGCUGAAUUUUUUAUUUUUAUUUUUUUACAUGUGUCACACGACACUGACACUAGUUAAAGUGUAUUAAGGGUUGUAAUUAACCUAAGAACAUUAUCAUGGAUAAGCCUCAUGGGAGUUAGUGUGGGAACUUGUUCAACUUCCCUGAUGGCAGGUGGUUGAUGUUGGACAUGGGUGCUAUUCUCACCUUGACCACCAGAUGAUGAUGAUGAUGAAUACUUUAUUGAUCCCCAAAGGGGAAAUUCAAGGUCCCAGCAGCUCAAGACAUUACACACAACAUACACUACAAUUCACACAAUAUACCACAAAAACACAAAAUCACCAAAUUGACACAAUUACCAGACCAAAACACUAAAAAUCCUAAGUGCUAAAUUUAAAUUUAAAACAGUUGCCAGAAUGGAGUGCAUGUUGACUUAUAAUGUAGCCGACAGUCAGUCAGAGUACAGUCCAUCAGUCUGUAUGACACUAUAAGGAGUGUGGAGGUGAAGUCUGCUGUGUCGAUGUACUAAGCAGAGAAGUCCACUUCUCCCCUUCCCUUCAGUGAAGCAUUGUACAAUAGUAUCGCCCUUGGUACAAAUGACUUCCUGAGUCUGUCUGUUGAGCAUGUCAGGGAGCGUAGUCUCCAGCUGAUCAGACACUUCUGCUGCAUGAUGGUGUUGUGGAGUGGAUGACAGUUGUUGUCCAUGAUGUUGAGUAACUUAUUCAGGGUCCUUUUAUCUGAUACUGACAUAAUGCAGUCCAGUUCAGACCCCACAACAGAGCCGGCUUUCCUUACCAGCCUGUCUAGUCGUCCAGCAUCCCUCUUCUUAAUGCUUCCUCCCCAGCAUGUCACAGAUGUCAGUAAUUGAGACACACUGACCCUUUAAUGCCAGAACAAGUAAAAUAAUAUCCCGUCUGCUCAGAGCUGAUAGAUAGUUGGACACAAAAUUGCUCCAUUUGGGAUAAAUAAGAAAACAUUUGGAAUUUACGAGGGCACCUUCUAUCUAACGGACAGCAGGUGGCGACUCCUGUAUUUAUGAUUCCAGAGGCAGAACAUUGAGGGUUCCUGCUUAGCGUUCUUUGUUCUCUACGUCAGACACUGAACGAAUCACUAACUCCAGACAGAAACACUCGUUUGCCUUUUGUUACUCCUUUAAGUCCUCAACUUCUGUGACUGUUACCUUGACAACCACUCCAGAGUAAGUGCAGAACCUCUCAGCUCAUUGAUGAUGUGCUUACCUCAGACGUUUUAGUUACUGUUUUUGAUGAAAAAACUGCAUAAUGCAACGGGGAGAGUCAGAACAUUGAAUGGGUUAAGCUCUGCCCACUGCUCACCAACAGUUUGCACACUCCUCAUUGAAUUAAUAGUAAACUUCAAAACAGCCAAUAGGAAUUUUAUUAGGGGUUUUAUAGAUCUGUAUUUAUAAUGUUGCUGUUUUAAUUGACUGUUUCUGACUGUUUCUCCUCUUCUGGUGCUUUACUGUGGAUGUUUGAAAUCUAAAGAAGUUUUGAAUCAUGUUAGUGCGCCAGUCAGUGAAAAACAUUUUCCCCACAUUUACCCACCCAUUGUUAUGACCAAUGAUGCUCCUGUUUUCCACCAAUUCAGCCUGCAGGUCAGUGACUCUGCAGGAACAAAUAAAAAAAAAAACCUCA